AUGAUAAAAGACAUCAGGCAGACACCACAGUUCCAAUACAAACUGAGCAAUGACUCGGCUCCCAUUCAAAACUGGCACAUCAUGCAGGAGCCAGGACUACCCACCCAGGAGAAGACCCUGGUGUGGUAUUUGGAUGGAGAGCUGUUGGACAGUGACCCUUUUGUGACUGUCCACCUCCGAGAGUGGAGCACUAAAGCUGUUGACAGGAAUUUUGGCUUUGCUAGCAUAGCCCUAGGAGCUGCUUCUGAAAGACCCAGAACUUUGAUCAACAUCAAGAACCUGGCACUGAGGGAUGACAAUCUGAAGCCAACUGGGGAUUCUGAAAUGGAAGACCUGGUUCCAAAGGAAACAGAUCAAGAGGCAACGCCAAUGUCCACACCCAAGAAAGUGUUGGUCGACAAGAAGCAAGUCUUUCAGGUGCGAGUUGGAAUAAUAGAGUGCCGGCAGCUGCAAGAAAACAACAUCAAGCCGGUGGUCAAAGUCUCUAUUGGGGAUUACGUGUUCAGGACAAGAAUUAAAUUUGGGAUCAGCCCCUACUACAAUGAGGUUGGUAUUCUGUUUGUUUUGACAUUCGUUCAGACUUUUGAUGAGAGACCUAUGGAACUAUUUGACCAGUUCAUUGACAUCCAGGUGCUGAACUCCAAGGCAAUACGGGCCGAUUCCCUCAUUGGGGUCUUCAGGAUUGAGAUCGGGCUUGUGUAUGAAUCUCCAGGUCAUGCUCUGAUGGGCAAAUGGCUGAGCCUCUAUGACCCAGCUAAUCUCAAUGCCGGACUAAGGGGCUACGUGAAAGUUAACCUCUGUGUCCUUGGAGCUGGCGAUCAAGCACCGGAUGCAGCCCUUUUGCCAGACAGUGGCAAUUUGGAGGCCAACAUCCUGCAAGCAGCAGUAAUGCCAAGAGUACCCAGAGCCAUGCUCCAGCUCUUUGUAUACCGAGCAGAAGACUUGUCUCCAAUACAGAGCGACCUGAAUGUUGAUCCCACUGGCAGUUCAGUUGACCCUUCUCUGGAAGUUGAUUUUGGAGGGAAACUGCUAAAGACCAGAGCUGUGUUCAGAGACGCCAACCCUGUGUGGAACCAGGUGAUGUUCUUUCCUAUGCAGAUGCCUUCCAUGUGUGACCUAAUCAAACUCAGUGCUCUUGAUGGGGAACAAAAUGAAGAUAGCAGUGUUCUGGGGACAGCAUUUCUCAGCCUUUCCCAGAUCUCUUCAGCUGGGACUGACUUGGGAAAGAAAUUCUCAGGCUUCCUGCCGUGCUUCGGGCCAAGCUUUGUGACCCUCUACAGGACCCCACCAGAGCUCAUGAACGAAGAGGACAAUUUAGAGAAUGUCGGGAGUGAAGGGAUGAUUUACCGGGGAAGAGUCCUAGUGGAGCUGACUAGCUACAUGGAGUCGGACCCCGUUCAAAGAAUAGAAGCUAUUCCUGAACCAUAUAUUAAAAGAAUGGAGCGCUAUUUGCCUCAAAUCCGGUAUGGGUUAUGUGUCAUCUUUUAUUCAGCUACUAUGUUGGCGGAUAUCAAGGAGCAGAUCCAGUUUGAGGUCAGCAUUGGGAACUAUGGCAACAAAUUUGAUGGGACUUGCAAACCUUCUGCCUCAACCACUCAGUACAGCCAUGCUGUGUAUGAUGGUAACCACUACUACUACUUGCCAUGGUAUGACACAAAGCCCAUGGUUGCCAUCACCUCAUUCUGGGAGAACAUUAGCUACAGAAUCACCAGUAUGAAUGCCAUGCUAUUCAUUCACGACAGGCUGAAGAAGAACCUGGACACUCUUAAAGCCAUCAGCACUCCCAAAGACCCAGUUGUGGGUACUGUUUGGAAAACGCUCCAGAAAGAACUGGUGGAAGACUGCAAGAGACCUCUUCCUACCUGGGAACCCCCAACAGUCCCUACCAUGCUGGAUCUUCAGCUGAGGAAGCUGCGCACCCAACUCCUCCUGAAAACCAGCAAGGCUGCAGAGAAAACAAGCUGGAAGACGCCCCUGCAGAAACUGAUUGCCAAAGCAGAGAUUUGGCUGAACAGGAUCGCUUCAGUCACUUCCGAGGCCCAGAUCAGCAUUCCAGAUGUCAUGAUCUGGAUGCUGUGUGAUGACAAGCGGGUGGCCCACACCCGUGUCAGGUCUCAUACAAUCAUGUUCUCCAAAGCUGGCCCCCAUGCCAGGGGCAGGAUGUGUGGCAAAACCCAGACCAUCUUCCUGCAGAGUGCACAAAACACAGGAGAGAACGCUCCCAUUCCUGCUGUGCUGCGGGUGCGAAUGUGGCUUGGAAAGCUGGCUGAUAGUGCAGAGUUCUUGAAAUGUUGUGAAGGGAAAAUCCUUAUCUACGCUGAGACGUAUGAAAAUCAAAAGAAGACCCAUGGAAUAUGGGGGACCAGGGACAUGAUGCAGCACCCCGCCUUUUCAGAUGUCACUGGGCAGGUCAGCCUUCCCAAAGAAAAGUUCCAACUGCCUGUGGGAUGGCAGUGGGAUGGCGAGUGGGUCGUGGAGCCCCAGAGAAGGCUCCUGCUGGACAAAGAGACAAACCACACCGAAGUGCUAGAGGAAGUGUAUGAGAACCAGAUCCGGCAACCUGGGCGUCGAUGGAGACCGGCCCCAGUCCCUUAUAGCAAUGCCAGUGGUGCUCCUGCCCCUCCAAAGGAAGAGAUUUUGUGCCCCCAAGGCUGGCUCUUUGUAGAAGACUGGAAAGUGGAGGAGAAUCGAGCUGUGGACGAUGCUGGUUGGGAGUAUGGCGUUGCUCUCCCGCCUGCAGAGUUCCCUUGUUGUUGGAACGCAGCCGAGAAGACCUACCACACCCACCGGCGGCGGCGCUGGCUCAGGAAACGCUGCCGGAACCUGGCCAGCGAGAACCAAGAAGGAAAAAUGGCCGCCUUCCUUCGGCUGCACUCUGAAUUAAAGCUGAAAGAAGAGACUUGGGAAUAUGCUCCACUCCAUGGCUGGAGGUUCCACCUGCAGCGACAUCCCAGCGACAUCUUUCGCCGGCGAUGCUGGCACAGGAAGCUCGUCCCAAUAUCGCCCAGCCGUGUGCCCUCCAUUUUUCUCCUGGAGGGUUCACUGUUGCGCUGCUACAUCUACCAAGCAAGAGACCUAGUUGGAACUAGUGCUAAGAGUUCUGCAGAUCCUUUGGCCCAUGUUUCCUUCCUUCACAUGAGCCAACAUACCCAGACCAUCUCUGGCACGCUGCACCCCUGCUGGGACCAGACCCUCAUCUUUGAAAACAUCUUGAUCUAUGGAGACCCUCGAGCAACUGAGCAAGAGCCACCUGUGGUGGCCUUGGAGGUCUUUGACUUGGACGCAAGUGGCCACUCCAAUUAUUUCAUGGGAAGGAGCUUGUGCACCCCAAGUGUGCACCUGGAUCUCAGCUCACGAAGACAACCCCGCCUCAAGAAGUAUACAAUCAUCAAAGAUCAGGAGGAUUCCGGUCAGCUCCUGGCUGCUUUUGAGCUUUUGUUGGACAAGAAGGAUGGAUCCUUAGGAAAGCUUCCACCGCCUCCAUGGAAGGAUGGGACAUACAUGAUCCCUAAAGGAAUCCGGCCCAUCUUAAGGCUGAUGGCCAUUGAGAUCCUGGCAUGGGGCCUGCGGGACAUGACGACCUACAAUCUGCUGGCCAUCAGCAAUCCAAGUCUCAUCAUAGAGUGUGGAGGAGAAACUCUUCAGACACCAGUCAUCAGGAAUCUCCAAGAGUACCCCAAUUUCCCCAUCAAUAUCUAUCUCAUGAAAGUGUACCUGCCUGUGGAUGAAGAUUAUGCGCUUCCUAUCGAACUGAAGGUGAUAGACCACAGAGAGUUUGGAUUUAAGCCUGUGGUGGGCCAAGCGACUGUGAGAUCCAUGAGCCAGUACUACUGUGACCCCUGGGCAGAAAGGAAGGCCCAUAAUCUCCCUGUCAGAGCCAUUGCCAAGACAAAGAGAAAGAAGGGACUGGGCAAAGCCUACAAGGCCUGGUUCUGGAAAAGGCCCUUUAAGAAAGAAGAGAAGGAGAUGGACGAAGAGGAAGAGGAGGUGGACUGGUGGAGCAAGUACUACGUGACUAUGGGAGAUCUGUCAAAGAGUGGACAUUACUUGGAGAAGGGCUUUGAUAGUUUGAAGAUGUAUAACUGUGAACUGGAAGAAGUGCCUGAAUUCCAUGGCCUGCAGGAUUUCUGCCAGACCUUUCAGCUGUACCGAGGGCUGCUGAAAGAUGAUGACCCCAGAGUGGGGGGUCAAUUCAAGGGGCUUUUCCGGAUCUAUCCUCUACCAGAAGAUCCGAAUGUCCCACCCCCUCCACGCCAAUUCCAGGAACUUCCCGACAACGUCUGCGAGACAUGUCUGGUCCGGAUUUACAUCAUCCGAGCCUUUAACCUCGAGCCAAAGGACAACAAUGGUCUGUGUGACCCCUACAUCAAAAUCAAGGCAGGGAAGAAAAAGGUUGGAGAGAGGGAGGAGUAUAUUCCCAACACUCUGGAGCCCGUCUUUGGGAGGAUGUUUGAAAUUAUGUGCAACAUCCCAACAGAAAAGGAGUUGAAGAUCUCAUUCUUUGACUUUGACAUGUUUUCCCCUGAUGAUGCAAUUGGAGACACCACCAUUGACCUGGAGGACCGGAUCCUGUCCCGCUAUGGAGCCAACUGUGGCCUUCCGCAGUCUUACUGCGAAGGUGGCCCCACCCAGUGGCGAGACCAGCUUCUUCCAAGCCAGCUCUUGGAGAAUUAUGCUCGGACCAAGAACAUUCCUCAGCCUGAUAUAAGUGAAGAUGGCAGCAGAGCCACUUUCCGAAGCAAGAUUUAUCAGCUGUCUGACUUUGAGACUAAACUACCUUCACAUGGCUUCCUGGGGCCUCCAAAAGAGCGCAUGGCUCUCCACCUCCUCCACACCUGUGGGCUGGUGCCUGAACACGUGGAGACUCGUGGCAUCUACAGCGCUACCAAUCCUGGGAUCCAGCAGGGGAAAGUGCAGAUGUGGGUCGACAUCUUCCCAGAAAACAUAGGAGAGCCAGGACCUCCUUUUGACAUCACCCCAAGGAAGCCCAAGAAGCAUGAACUUCGCUGCAUCAUCUGGAACACCAAAGAUGUGGAUCUGGAAGACACCAACAUCUUUGGAGACAGGAUGAGUGACAUCUAUGUGCAAGGGUGGAUGGAUGGCCUGGAGGAAGACAAGCAGAAGACAGAUAUCCAUUACAGGUCCCUGACAGGAGAAGGCAACUUCAACUGGCGCUUUGUGUUUACCUUGGAGUACCUGCCCAUGGAGCAAGUCUGCGUUCUCACCAAGAAGCAACAUUUCUGGAGCCUUGACGAGACCAUGCACAAAGUGCCUCCCAAGCUCAUCAUCCAGAUCUGGGACAAUGACAAGUUCUCAGCUGACGACUUUAUAGGAAUCCUGGAGCUGAACCUGAACAGCAUGCCUCAGCCCGCCAAGCGUCCCCGUGACUGCACCGUGAAGAUGCUGCUGGAGGACACCAGUGCCACCACCUCCACCUCUUUUUUCCAUCGCCGCAAACGGAAACCGGUCUCCCUGUUCAGGCAGAGGGAGAUGAGGGGGUGGUGGCCCUGCAUCGUCUUUGAGAAAGACAAGCCUCGUGUGUCGGGGAAGGUGGAAAUGACCUUGGAGCUGCUGACAGAAAAGGAGGCUGAAGAGCGGCCAGCUGGGAAAGGAAGAGAGGAGCCCAACAUGAACCCAGUUCUGAAGCCACCAGAGAGGCCGGAGACCUCUUUCCUGUGGUUUACAGCCCCGCUGAAGAGCAUCCACUUUGUUGUGUGGCAGAAGAGCAAAUGGAAGAUCUUCACUUUCCUUUUCUGCGUGCUGGUGAUUCUGCUGUUUGCAGCCUUCAUCUACGCAGCUCCUGGCUACUUGGCAAUGAAGAUAAUCAAUCCGAUGGGAGGGAGACGCUCCAUAGUAUACCAAAUGCUUCCAAAGAAGAAGGAAACUCUUGGGAGGCCACCUGAAGAAGCUCCUGAAACACUGCCUCCAGUUGCCGAGACACCACUCCCAGCUCCCAAUAGGUUGCCACCCACUCCCCAAAACCUACUCACACCUCCCAAAGAAACACCCACUACUCUCAAACCACCAUCCACUCCCACAAAACCACGUAAAGCUCCCAAGAAACGACCCAAAGCUCCCAAGAAACGACCCAAAGCUCCCAAGAAACGACCCAAAGCUCCCAAGAAACCACCCAAAGUUUCCAAGAAACCAGCUCCAGCUCCCAAGAAAUCACCUCCAGUUCCCAAGAAACCACCCAAAGCUCCUAUGAAAUCACUUCCAACUCCAAAGAAACCACCCAAAGCUCCUAUGAAAUCACUUCCAACUCCCAAGAAACCACCCAAAGCUCCUAUGAAAUCACUUCCAACUCCCAAGAAACCACCCAAAGCUCCCAAGAAACCAGCUCCAACUCCCAAGAAACCACCCAAAGCUCCCAAGAAACCACCCAAGACUCCCAAGAAAUCACCCAAGACUCCCAAGAAACCACCCAAGACUCCCAAGAAACCUCCCAAGACUCCCAAGAAACCACCCAAGACUCCACCCAAAGCUCCCAAGAAACCACCCAAGACUCCCAAGAAACCACCUCCAACUCCCAAGAAACCACUCAAGACUCCCAAGAAACCACCUCCAACUCCCAAGAAACCACCCAAGACUCCCAAGAAACCACCUCCAACUCCCAAGAAACCACCUCCAACUCCCAAGAAACCACCCAAGACUCCCAAGAAACCACCUAAGACUCCCAAGAAACCACCUCCAACUCCCAAGAAACCACCCAAAGCUCCCAAGAAACCACCCAAAGCUCUUAAGAAGCAACCAUCCACUCCCAAGAAGCCGCCACUGAUUCGUAAGAAAAGACGCACCUGGUAG